AUGAGCCGUUUGCGUUUGGGGGAUAUUCAUGUAGAGUAUGCAACGGAAGCGCGAGAUGCGCGACAAGCCGAGCGAAACAGGCCUAAGGACUUGGAUAAGGAAACUAACGUCAAGGUUGAAAAGUCGCUAGAGAACUCUCCUUCUGCUUCGAGUUCCCCAGGUCCACCACUUUCGCCAGGGCUUCAAGAACCAGAUGUGUCAGAGAAACAGAAAAUGAGCCAUCUUGAAUCGGAAGGUCAGAUAGAAGAAUCGAGGGAACAGCCUGAAAUCCAGAUGGACGAUUUACCAGAGAGCCCUACUGCUGCCUCAAACUCACCAAGGGCACUGAGCGACAGCAGCCCUUUCACCAUGAACCAGCUGAUAAAACAAGAAGCCAAAGUGAACGAGGAGAAUAAGGACAACAAUGCAGAUGAGAACUAUAUGCAGAAAGAGCUACCAAGGGACUCGCAGCCGGUGGGUCAUCAUAAACGGGCCCAAUCGACUGCCAGGAAGAGGAGGAAAGCGAAGAAGAAGAGAGAGAAGAGUAGAAAGAGAAAACAUCGGAACAAAUGA